CAUCGUCAGAUUUUGAUGAUACAAAUUUUUUAUCAAAUUAUUCAUCUGUAUUAAAAAUUAUUCUAUUUGCAUUAAUUGCAAUUGAAAAAUUUUCUCAUUCAUUAGAAUCUAAACAUAUUUUAUUACAAUCCUUAACAAUUAAUAAUGAACAAUCAAAAAUGAAUGUGUUAGAAUAUUAUGAACCAUGGGCUCUAUCAAGUAAUUGUCUUAAACGACAAAUCGGUUUUUAUGCUCAAUGGUUACUUGAUAAUGUAUUUAUACUUGAUUAUCGUCGACCAUCUUAUGAAAUAAUUGAUCAUCGUUAUAUAAAUGUUAUGCUUAAUGAUAAAGAUGUUAGUGAAUAUUUAAAAAUUGGUCCUGAUGGACUUGAAGCACGUAGUGAUACAGUUUCAUUUGAAAGUGUUCGAUGUACAUUUAAUGUUAAUUCAGAUGUUUGGUAUUAUGAAGUACUUAUUGUUACUGAUGGUGUUAUGCAAAUAGGAUGGGCUACAAAACAAUCAAAAUUUAUGAAUCAUGAAGGUUAUGGUAUUGGAGAUGAUCAAUAUUCUAUAGCAUAUGAUGGAUGUAGAAAUUUAGUUUGGUUUGGAGCAAAAUCUAUACCUCAUAAUAAUCCAACAUGGAAACCUGGUGAUAUUGUUGGUUGUUUAAUUGAUUUCGAUCGACGUGAAGUUAUAUUUUCAUUAAAUGGUCGUUCACUUGAUCCAUUUCGUAAAUUAUUUUCAUCAACAUCAGAUCCUAUUACUGAUGGAUAUUUUGCUGCAGCAAGUUUUAUGUCUUAUCAACAUUGUCGUUUUAAUUUUGGUUCAGCUCCAUUUCGUUAUCCACCAACAAAUGUAUCUUCGUUUAAAACAUUCAAUGAAUAUGGUCAUUUAUCAGAUGAUGAAAAACUUAUUUUACCAAAAUAUAAAAAACUUGAAUUAUUACGUGCAAUUAAAAUAAGUGACCAAGAUUGUAUAUUAUGUGUUGAUGAUCUAGCUAAUAUAUUACUUAAACCUUGUCAACAUACUGGUUUUUGUGAAGAAUGUGCUUCGAAAUUAGAUAUUUGUCCUAUAUGUCGUUCGGAUAUUCAAGAACGAUCGAUAAUAACUGACUGA